AUGUGCGAUCAGAGUGGAGAGUACAUGCCCAAGUUGCCCAUCGUGGAGAUAGAGUAUUCGUCGCUCAUGUUGCCCGUAUCAGACCUCACCAGCGUAAUGCAGGAGCUGUUGACUACGUUCGAGGCCGACAUCGGAAGUGUGGCUCUUGUCCCAUCUCGGGUCCGGCCGGGCGGGGUGUUUGACAUCCGGUUGAAUGGAAAGACGAUAUGGAGCAGGAAGACGGAAGGAAGGUUUCCUGAAGCCAAAGAGAUCAAGCAGCGAGUCAGGGAUAUCAUCUCACCAGAGAAGAGCCUUGGACACAGUGAGAGCGCAGAGAAGAAGGUUGUAGAGGCUGAAUUUUCUCAAGACGAGAAGAAGAUGGACGACAAGACGGCUGAGGAGCAGAGAAGAUACUUUGGGGUUUUGUGA